UCUCAUUGUUAUUUUCAUUGAUAGCCACUAAUCCUGUUACUCACAUCGCAAGGCAAUAGAUUAAUUUCAUUUGCAGCGCAAGUCCAGGAAAAAUGGCCUGGCGUAAUCAGGGAAUCACAGGCUCCAACAACGUCCCUCUGGGCCGGAGACGGUUUGGUGGUGAUGAUCCCGCAGAUGAGGAUAGCCGUACGGCAACUCCUUCCUCUGUCGGAGAGCACAAGCGUGGCAGAAGUCCUGUCCGAGCUGACCCUCCAGCUGACGGGGUCAAGAAGCGCAAGAAGCGCAACCGUUGGGGCGAUGCGCAAGAGAACAAGGCUGCCGGUCUCAUGGGCUUGCCCACGAUGAUCAUGGCAAACUUCACCAAUGAGCAGCUUGAAGCUUAUACGCUUCAUCUCCGUAUUGAGGAAAUUAGCCAAAAGCUUCGCAUCAACGAUGUCGUCCCAGCGGAUGGUGACAGGUCUCCGUCGCCUCCUCCGCAGUACGAUAACUUUGGCAGACGUGUAAACACUAGAGAAUACCGUUACCGGAAGCGGCUUGAGGAUGAGCGGCACAAGCUCGUUGAGAAGGCCAUGAAGACCAUUCCUAACUACCACCCGCCUUCUGACUACAGACGUCCUACCAAGACGCAGGAGAAGGUCUACGUUCCAGUGAAUGACUAUCCAGAAAUUAACUUCAGUAUGAUAACUAACCCUCUAACUCCUAACCAUUCCUGUGUUGUGUACUUCAAGACUCUUUGCUCGAGUCGGGCUCGUAAGAAAGACAUCGCCCGUCGGUGCCUUUUCGGCUCGCUUCUUGCUAACCCUUGCUGCGUGAUGUUGAACAUUUUAUCAUUGCUCUCCCAUUUCUUCCUAAUAACAGCUUGAACUAACACUUAGCUUUCUGCUACCUUUUAAAGUUGGCUUACUCAUAGGACCUCGUGGUAAUACCUUGAAGAAGAUGGAAACCGAAUCCGGUGCCAAGAUUGCUAUUCGUGGCAAGGGCUCCGUCAAGGAAG